AUGACUUUUAUCUCCCACAGCAACCCAUGUAUUAGAAAGAAACUGAAGAAAUUCGACAAGGCAACUGGCAUGAAUCCAUCCCAGCGGGUUGACAUCGCCUUGGAGGUAUAUAACAGCCGAGAGCACAAGAAGUCUCAGGCUGUUACCGUCUUCCUAAAGACCACUAGAGAUGAAGAACUCUCAAGGGAUCUAGUGAAUAAACUAAAACCCUGUAUCAGCUUCCUGACUAACUGCUGUCCCCUGUCAGCGAGCAUGUAUAACGCCAUCAAGUUCCUUAACAAGGAGAUCAUGGGUGUGAGUAGCUCCAAGCGGAAAGAGGAGGCCAAGUCAGAACUUGGAAAAGUCAUUGAUCUGUAUGUGCACAAGAAGAUUCUCCUUGCAGCUCAGGCAAUUUCACGCUUUGCUUACAAUAAGAUCAGUAAUGGAGAUGUGAUCCUGGUGUAUGGGUGCUCAACUCUCGUGUCACAAAUUCUUCAGGAAGCCUGGGCUGAGGGCCAGCGGUUUCGGGUAGUAGCGGAUAGCCAGCCACAGCUGGAGGGAAGGCACACACUGCAUUAUCUGGUCCAUGCUGGGGUCCCUGCCUCCUAUCUGCUGAUUUCUGCAGCUUCCUAUGUGCCCCCAAAGGUUUCUAAGGUGCUAUUGGGAGCUCAUGCACUCCUGGCCAAUAGGUCUGUGAUGUCACAGGUAGGGACAGCACAGCUGGCCCGGGUGGCUCGAGCCCAUAAUGUUCCAGUGCUGUUCUACUGUGAAACAUACAACAAGUUCUGUGAGCUUGUGCAGACUGAUGCCUUUGUCUCUAAUGAGCAAGAUGAUCCUGAUGAUCUGCUGUGUGAACGGGGAGAACCUGUGGCCCUGGCUAACUGGCAGAACUACCCAUCCCUACGGUUGUUGAAUCUGGUCUACGAUGUGACCCCCGCAGAGCUUGUGGAUCUGGUGAUCACAGAGCUGGGGAUGAUUCCUUGCAGUUCUGUACCUGUUGUCCUUCGAGUCAAGAGCAGUGACCAGUGA